AUGCGUGGCCCUGAAUGGGCUAGGCUAGUUCCCAAAUUGUCUAAUUUUAGAGCUGCUGUCGCUCAACCUGCUGCUGUCGCUCAACCUGCUAUUGACACUCAACCUGCCGCUGUCGCUCAACCUGCUAUUGACACUCAACCUGCCGCUGUCGCUCAACCUACCGCUGUCACUCAACCUGCCGCUGUCGCUCAACCUGCUAUUGACACUCAACCUACCGCUGUCGCUCAACCUGCUAUUGACACUCAACCUACCGCUGUCGCUCAACCUGCCGCUGUCGCUCAACCUGCUAUUGACGCUCAAUCUGCUAUGGACACUCAACCAACUCCUACCGCGGGGACAUUAUCGCAAGAACCCGAAUCUACCAACACUGCCACCACUGCCACCACUACCACCACUGCCACUGCCAACACUGCCACUGCCACCACUGCCACCACUGCCACUACCGGUUCUAUUGCUGCCAACACUGCCAACAUUGCCACACAUGUUCCUCUCAUCGGUAAUCGUACCACCAACCCUGGGCAACGAGCACCAAGUUCAUCGAGUCGUGCUGUAUCGUCUGACAUCCGUACUGAUGAGCAGCGAAGUCGGCUCAGACGUCGUGUCAAUGAUGAUGACGCUAGUCGCGAUGAUGAUGGUACCGGUCCCAAUGAGACGCAACGAUACGAAUUACGCAACACUCCUCGACAUGCAGCCACACGAAAAACUGACAUUCCAAAAUUCCGACAAUUCCAACUAACCCCAUCAUCUCGGCCGCCGUAA